CAUGCAUUGGCGCGCUUCGCCUCUGUGCUCGCUGUGGCUCCUGCUCCUCCCCGGUUGGUGGUUGGUGGCGGCGGUUGAACGACUCGGUAGCAGGCUGCGGGUGCACAAACAGCAGGCAUGAGUGCGGCGGGUAGUGCUCGGUCCGGUUCGGCCGCCGGUCCGGUUCAGCAGGGACUUAAAGAGGCUCUGAUCGAGACGCUGACGGCCAUCCUGUCCCCGGUUCAAGAAGUGCGCACCGCCGCGGAGGAGCAGAUCAAAGUGCUGGAAGUGACAGAGGAAUUUGGCGUCCACCUGGCAGAGCUCACAGUCGACCCUCAGGGAGCGCUUGCAAUCCGUCAGUUAGCAUCAGUCAUCCUAAAGCAGUAUGUUGAGACUCACUGGUGUUCUCAGUCAGAGAAAUUCAGACCUCCAGAAACUACAGAUCAGGCUAAAGCUGCCAUCAGGGAGCUACUGCCAAACGGUCUGCGGGAGGCUAUCAGCAAAGUCCGCUCCAGUGUUGCGUACGCCGUGUCGGCCAUCGCUCACUGGGAUUGGCCCGAGGCCUGGCCUCAGCUUUUCACUCUCCUGAUGGAGAUGCUGGUCAGCGGAGAUGUUAAUGCUGUUCACGGGGCCAUGAGGGUCCUCACAGAGUUUACCCGGGAGGUGACAGAUACUCAGAUGCCCCUGGUGGCUCCUGUCAUCUUACCUGAAAUGUACAAAAUCUUCACCAUGGCUGAGGUGUACAGUAUUCGUACCCGAUCCAGAGCUGUGGAAAUUUUCACCACCUGUGCCAACCUCAUCUGUGCAAUUGAAGAGCUUGAGAAGGGAGCAGCCAAAGCAUUGAUCUUCCCUGUGGUGCAGCAGUUCACAGAAGCAUUUGUACAGGCUCUGCAGAUGCCUGAUGGACCCUCGUCUGACAGUGGGCUUAAGAUGGAGGUUCUCAAGGCUGUAACAGCACUGGUGAAGAACUUCCCCAAACCCAUGGUGUCCUCCAUGCAGCAGAUUUUACCCAUCGUGUGGAAUACAUUGACAGAAAGUGCAGCUUUUUAUGUGCGAACAGAAGUUAACUACACAGAGGAAGUGGACGACCCAGUAGAUUCAGACGGUGAGGUUUUGGGUUUUGAGAAUCUGGUGUUCAGCAUCUUUGAGUUUGUCCACACGCUGCUGGAGAACAACAAGUUCAAGAGCACAGUGAAAAAAGCUCUGCCUGAGCUCAUCUACUACAUCAUCCUGUACAUGCAGAUCACAGAAGACCAGAUUAAAGUAUGGACGGCUAACCCUCAGCAGUUUGUGGAGGAUGAGGAUGAUGACACCUUCUCAUACUCGGUUAGGAUUUCAGCUCAGGACCUGCUGCUGGCCGUAGCUGCAGAGUUUCAGAACGAGAGCGCGGCAGCUCUGGCUGCAGCAGCGACCAGACACCUCCAGGAGGCCGAGCAGGCCAAAAACAGCGGCAACGAGCACUGGUGGAAGAUCCAUGAGGCCUGUAUGCUGGCUCUCGGCUCUGUCAAAACCAUCAUCACAGAGAACGUGAAGAACGGUCGGAUCCAGUUUGACAUGCAUGGUUUCCUGGCCAGCGUGAUCCUUGCUGAUCUCAACCUGGCUGCGGCAUCUCCGUUCUUGCUUGGCCGAGCUCUGUGGGCGGCCAGUCGCUUCACAGCAGCCAUGUCUCCUGAGCUCAUCCAGCAGUUCCUCCAGGCCACCGUCAGCGGCCUCCAUGACAGCCAGCCGCCCUCCGUCCGCAUCUCAGCAGUCAGGGCUAUCUGGGGGUAUUGUGAUCAGCUGAAGCUGUCAGAGAGCACCCAUGUCCUUCAGCCUUUCCUUCCCAGCAUCCUGGAGGGACUGGUCCAGCUGGCAGCCCAGUUCAGCUCCGAGGUGCUUACCCUCGUCAUGGAGACUCUGUGCAUCGUCUGCACCGUCGACCCCGCCUUCACCACAAGCGCAGAGAACAAGAUCUGCCCUCUCACCAUCGCUAUUUUCCUCAAAUAUAACAAUGACCCUGUGGUGGCAUCUCUGGCUCAGGACAUCUUCAAGGAACUGGCACAGAUCGAGGGCUGCCAGGUCCCCAUGCAGAUGCGUCUCAUCCCCACCCUGGUCAGCAUCAUGCAGGCCCCUCCUGACAAGAUUCCCUCUGGACUUUGUGCUACGUCCAUAGACAUCCUGACCACAGUCGUCCGAAACACUAAACCUCCUCUGUCAGAGAUGCUGGUGUGUCAGGCGUUCCCUGUGGUGGCUCAGUGUACUCUACGCACUGACGACAACACGAUAAUGCAGAACGGCGGUGAGUGUCUGCGUGCAUACGUCUCCGUCGCCCUGGAGCAGAUCGCUCAGUGGAGAGACGAGCAGGGAAACAGCGGCCUCUGGUACGUCAUGCAGGUGGUCAAUCAACUCUUGGACCCCCGGACGUCCGAGUUCACAGCCGCCUUCGUAGGCAGGUUGGUGUCCACUCUGAUCUCUCGGGCAGGGACAGAGCUCGGGGAACAGCUGGACCAGAUCCUCCGAGCAAUUCUGAGCAAAAUGCAGCAGGCAGAGACCCUGAGUGUCAUGCAGUCUCUGAUCAUGGUGUUCGCUCACCUGGUUCACUCCCAGCUGGAUCCUCUGUUGGAGUUCCUGUGCAGUCUGCCCGGUCCAACAGGGAAACCUGCUCUGGAGUUCGUCAUGACUGAGUGGAUGAGCAGGCAGCACCUCUUCUAUGGACAGUACGAGGGUAAAGUCAGCACGGUGGCUCUCUGUAAGCUGCUACAGCACGGUCUGAAUACAGACGACAAACGUCUCCAGGACAUCGUGGUGAAAGGAGAGGAGAUUUACAGCCCUGAAGAUGGCAUUCGCACUCGCUCCAAAUCUGCAAAGAAUCCAGAGCGAUGGACGAACAUUCCUUUGCUAGUGAAGAUCUUUAAAUUGAUCAUCAAUGAGCUGUCAACGGUGGUGGAGGCGAACGCCAGCAGAGCGAACGCAGGAGACUGGAGCCAAGAUUCGAGUGGUAUGUGGGAGGACAAUGCUGAAGAUGAGGGGGAGGAUGAUGAUGAGGAGGAUGAAGGGCUCGCAGGGCAGCUGCUUUCUGAUCUCAUCGCCUCCAACAAAUACGAUGAUGACUAUUAUGAGGAUGACGAGGAGGAUGAUCCUGAUGCCUUGAAAGACCCCAUUUAUCAGAUUGACCUGCAGGCUUACCUGACGGAUUUCCUGACACAGUUCGCCCAGCAGCCGUGUUACAGCAUGUUCUCAGGCCACCUCAACAACACAGAGAGACAAACACUGCAGUCUAUAGGCCUUUAACCCCACCGUCUGCUGCUCCAACAUCUCUUCCAUCUAUAAGGCCCUUAAAACUCUCUUCGAUCGCCGCACCACUUCAGCUAUCAUGAAUUUCUACUAAUGCGAGGAAAGGAUGAUGUUGAUCGUGGCAGAAGAAAAAGAAUUGGGUUAGAGAGAUGGACAUGUACUUACAAAUAACUCUCCUGUUUCUGUAUUUUCAUGAUGGGAUGAAGGACUUUGAGUGAUGAAGAUGAGGAGGUGAGAGACCAAAGACGGUCAGAGGACUCAUCAUUUUAGACCGGACAAGAGGGUUAAGUUUGCAGCUCCGUGUCAGGACAGGUGAACUAUGAAAUAUGAGCGGACUAUUUUGCCAUGUCCUAUUUGUAACUUAGCCCGUUAUUUUUGUGUUUCCGUAUAAACAGAAGAAAAAUGCAACAUUGAAAACACUUCCAAGAGACUACAAUGAUUUAAGGAAGGUCAAGAAAAAAAAUGCAAACAUCAUGAUAUUUGUACUUGGAGGGGAGUAUUUGGUGGCCUUAUAUUCCAGAAAGCAUUGACUGUUUGACAGCAAAUGAAAAGCUCUUAGACCAUCAUGUCUCGGGGAAUGGUGGGUAUUUGGGAAUUCACACUGAUGCCAUGGUGUUUCGCAGCCCUGUCAUUUCCUUGUACCCCGAAAAUUUGGGAUGGAAAGAUUUCUAAAUAAAAAGUCCAGAAGGACAUCAUUUCCAGAUUGA